AUGGCCAGUGUAGCUGCAUGGCUUCCAUUCGCUCGUGCGGCAGCUAUUGGUUGGGUACCAUUAGCAAAAAAUCCAUUGCCACCACCUCCAUUUCGUGUUCCAACAAGUGGUGCAUCGCCAAGUGGCAACGAUCGUCGUUGCGAUGAGAAAAUCAUUAUUAAUGUUAGUGGUCGUCGAUUUGAAUGUUGGCGUUCAACAUUAGAAAAAUAUCCUGAUUCAUUACUAGGCUCGAACGAAAAGGAAUUCUUCUACGAUGAAGACACACGUGAAUAUUUCUUCGAUCGCGAUCCUGACGUCUUUCGAGUUAUUUUAAAUUUCUACCGCACAGGCAAAUUACAUUACCCAAAGCAUGAAUGCAUUGCAGCAUAUGAUGAGGAAUUAGCAUUCUUCGGGAUCUUACCUGAUAUUAUUGGUGAUUGUUGCUACGAAGAUUAUCGAGAUCGGAAACGCGAAAACAACGAAAGAUUGAUUGAUGAUCGUUUACACGAAGAUGAAGACAAAGCGCAACCUAAACCUCAAUCGAUACGUGAAACAAUGUGGCGUGCAUUUGAAAAUCCUCAAGUGUCAACGAUGGCAUCUGUCUUUUAUUAUGUGACAGGAUUUUUCAUUGCCGUCAGUGUUAUUGCUAAUGUCUUAGAUACAGUUUCGUGUGGAACUGAUCCUGAGACAGGUUACGCGAGAACAUGUGGAGAACGUUUCUCACGGCAAUUCUUCUGUCUCGACACGGCUUGUGUUAUGAUAUUUACCGUUGAAUAUUUUCUUCGACUUUACGCUGCACCGGAUCGAUUGAAAUUUAUUCGAUCUGUUAUGUCUGUUAUUGAUGUGGUUGCAAUUAUGCCGUAUUAUAUUGGAUUAUUCAUGCAUCAGAAAGGCGAAGUCAGCGGCGCAUUUGUUACUCUUCGUGUAUUUCGUGUAUUUCGUAUCUUUAAAUUUUCUCGACAUAGCCAAGGUUUGAGAGUAUUAGGUUAUACAUUAAAAAGUUGUGCUAGUGAACUUGGCUUUCUCCUAUUUUCAUUGACGAUGGCCAUUAUCAUAUUUGCUACUGUUAUGUAUUAUGCGGAAAAAAGUGUUGUGCAUACGAAAUUUACAUCGAUACCAGCUGCAUUUUGGUAUACUAUUGUUACAAUGACAACACUUGGGUACGGUGAUAUAGUACCCAAAACUUGGGCGGGUAAAAUUGUCGGCGGUGUUUGCAGUUUGAGCGGUGUCUUGGUAAUCGCUCUUCCUGUUCCUGUUAUUGUAUCGAAUUUCAGUAGAAUUUACCAUCAAAGUCAGCGAGCAGAUAAAAUGAAAGCACAACGAAAAGCACGUCAAACACGAAUACGCUUAGCACGUAAUGCAACCAGUAAUGCAUUUGUUGCGGCCAAACGACGUCAUGAACAGUAUCUUGACGAUCCUGAUAUACCUGUUGAUAAAAAUAUUGUUAAUCCAUUCGAAUUGCAGCAUCAUCAUUUACUACGUUGUUUAGAAUUAACUACUGAUCGCGAAUUUGUUGAAAUGGGUCCAGAUGCAUUAAUGGGUGGUGGCGCGAAUGCUGUUGCUGGUGCGCAUCCAACAACUGGCAUCGCUCGACUAGGUUCCCCUGCUAGACAAUUCAUUCUAAAUCGUCGAAAAUGGUGGUGUUGCGGAGAUCGUAUGAACAAUACCAAUGCGACGACGAAUGAAGAAGAAUUAGAUGAAGAACUCGGUGAUUUUCAAUUACCACUUUCCUUAACACCACGUGCAUCAGGAUCGACUGGUCAUAUCGUAAAUAUAAAUACAACGAAUGUGAUACAACAUCGCCCAUCAUCUGCAUCGGUACAACACAAUGUCGUACUUCAUUCCACUAUAAGUGAAUCAUCAACAAAUCGCUUCGAUUUAAACGUCCCGUUCGACACAGAUGAUCGAAUUUUGGGAAGACGGAAAACGAACAGUUUAACACCUGUACAAGAACAAGGUUCAACAAAUGAUCUAUUAAACGAUGAUUCACAUACUACAACAAUACCAACAAGUCACAGUGAUAUCAUACAUAGGCCAACAACCGAUGACAAACAAACGGUAUGA